CGAGCUUGUGGAGGCGCAGAACCACUCCAAAGUGCUCGGGCUCCAGCUACUGCCGCCACACGAGGUGGAGGCGAUUCACCGCCAAUACCAGGAUCCCAAAGAGCGUCUGCUGCACAUUCUUCUUGCCUUCACGAAUCAAAUCCAGCCCAGACCGACAUGGAGGGUCAUUGUGGAAGCUCUCAGGAGUCCUUCUGUCAAUCUACCACCAUUAGCUGCGAGGGUGGAAGCAACUCAUUUGCCUGACUCUACCGCAACACGUGAUGUGGUACCUGAGACUACUACUGGUAUGUUACCAUCAGCUCCAUCAUACAUGUAUGUAGCUCUCUUACUGGUUUUUAGUUAUUCUCUCAGACACCAAAGAGUCUGCAGCCAACACUACUGCUGAUGAUGAUGAUGAUGAGGCCAAGUCUGAGCCACCACCUCAACUGAACCCUGCUAAUAUUACGGCGGUGGAGACUGAAAUCAAAAGCCUUCACGAGAGGUUCAACGCUCUAAAGGACCUUGCAAUCCAAGGCCUACAGAAGAUCGGUGUUGCCGUCCUAACGGUUGUCUACAUUCUCACCAACAUUCGGACACACGAGCAUCGAUAUUUCUGAAAGAGAAUCACAAGGCUCUUCGACAGUGCGAAGACCAUCUUGAGCUGUUUGGAUCUCUCAACUUCUACUGGAACUACCUCGCACCUGAUCUGCUCGACCACCUGAUCGGAGAACUGACUAAGAAACAUGAGGAUUUCAACACGACUGCUAGUGAGAUGACCGCCUACAAGAAGGAUCUGGAAGAGUUUAAAAAGCGUACGACAUUGGUUCUGUUCUGUGAGGCUGACCCUCGGCCGCUCGAUGAAGAUCCUCCACCUGGCUUCAGGAAGAUGGUAGUCAAGUUUGACUGGCCCCGAACUGCAACACUGGAGGACGUGGAGAAGUUCAGGAGACGAUAUGCCAGCAGCUACGACCUUCAGACAUGUGCCAUGAUGUUAAACAGCAUUGGGACUGGAUCUUUCACCGUCACUUGGUUCGUACCUGUCUCAGUGGUGGAGAUGUUGAGGAAGAAGAGAGCAUUAGCUGUCUUCAAGGAGUUCAGUGUCACUAGACUAGACAUCCACACCUCAACACAGAUUUGUGUCUACCAAAUCCUUCAUCAGAGACCAGUGGCUCCAUCCUCAACCAGUGACAGCUCGGCAAUUGCUAAGUCUAAUUCUGCCAACAAAAGCAAGGAGCCAGGCCAAGUGUCGUCAGUGGAUGAGGACUAUCCAUUUGUUGAGGAGCCAUCAGAUGACUUCUUCUGUCCAGUGACAAUGGGUGUUCUGCUCCAUCCUCACCUCACAUCAUGCUGUGGUAAUCAUAUCUCAGAGGAAGCUGCCAGCAGAAUACAGAGAGAGGGAGGGGCAUGUCCGCUGUGCAAGGAGGAGGAUUGGAGCACAGUUUUAAAUAAACGUUUCCAGCGUCAAGUGAACUCGCUGCGUGUGUUCUGUCGCCACGAGGACAAGGGGUGUGGCUGGCAGGGAGAGCUGGCUGCCUUUCACCAUCACGUGGAGUCUUGUCCAAUGAGAGACGGUCCUCCCAUGACUGAGCUAGUGAAACUGCCAGUAUACAGAGAGGCUGGAGCCUUCCCUAGUUUGUCUGGAGCCAUUUCUCCGCACCCUUCUGCCUCUGGAACCAUUUUACGAGUGAACAAGCCUGCAGCAACAGCUGUACCACAUUCCUUACUACCUGCAUUUAUACGACGAAAGGUAUGCAACAUUAACAUGCCCACUCCAAGGUUUAGUGCUGCGCACUCGUAGUGUAUGUCCACUAAACCGGCUCGUAGGCAUAGUGUAACCUAUAUAUACAAGUGGGAAAAUUAUUUCGCAUAUAGGGAUUGGCUCCAAACAUGAAGAACAACUAGGGGUAAUGACUACACAAAGCUACAUGACACCAUCCCUA